AUGUGAACAAAUUGGCCAUAGACAAUUCUCCCAUGAUAGCACUAGAAAUUUGCUGCUGCUUCCUAGCCCUCAACAAGGACAUUCUGACUUUGAAAAAAUGACAGUUGGGCAUCCAAUUGAAGAUAAUGAAGUCCUCAUUUGUGCAGCUUAUGUCAUUUUUGGUUAUCUAUUGAACCAACUGGAGAACAAAACUCUUCUGGUCAUUGAUAUUGAUGAACAUGGUGCACUCUUUGAAUAUGACCUGCCAAUGCCCAAAAAACAACUUCUUAAUAUUAACUCUCUGAUGCAACUUAGUGCAUGGAAUGAAGAAAGAAGAGGGACAUGUGUGGUCUUGACAGGCACAGCACAUGCAAAGUUUGAGACACCCCUCUAUCUGCUACCAUCUUUGACAAGUUGUUGGACAUAA